ACCCACAACACAUACACAUACACUCUUAUUGACAUAUUUCACUAACAAAAAAUAAAGUGGAAUAAAAUUUCCAUUCUAUCCCAAACACUAAGAAUUGUCUCGAAAAAUACACCAUGAAGUCAUUAGUCAUCACGUUAAUAAUGUUCGACACAUAAUUACUUAAAUUAAAUGGGUUUGUACAAUAUUCCAUGUCACUUUGCCUAUUUGUAAAUCCAAUAUGUCCGCAUUUAAUAUAAAACCAACUAGUGGAUGGAUACAUCCUGAUAAGCUGAUUGCAAGACAAGGGGCCACUUAUGCAGUCCGGGUAGUAUGCCGGCUGCCUGGAGAUUAAAGCCUCCAUGAAGGCCCUAGACUUCAAAACCAGAUCUAGUGUUGCCAAGGAAUGUAUCAACCGGAUAUGUGAAGUAGCAGGUCUGAAAGUUCUGGAUAAAAAAAGAAAAGUGGACAAGAAGGUGCAAAAAGCCAUAGCUGACGAAGUGAAUCUCGCUUAUUCAGGCACAAAUGUCACCUUGAAGGUUUCAAGUGUCAAUUUAUCAUUAACUUCUCUAGACAGCAAUGAAGUGAUAGCAAGUCAUGAAAUGCCAAAAAUCUCUUUUGCAUCUGGAGGUGACAGCGAUACCCGAGACUUUGUGUGCUACAUUGCUAAGGAUUCUGAUGAUCUUCGGGCAUGUUAUGUAAUGGAAUGUCCAGGAGGUUUAACCAAAGAUGUAAUCGCAACUAUAGGGCAGGCAUUUGAGUUGAGAUUUCAACAAUUUUCAUCCAAACCAACUGCAGUAAUCCCUUCAAUCCCCCCAACUUUGCAAACUGGGGGAGAUGCAGAUAAAGAUUAUUACAAUGAUUUGCCAGGAAAGGUGCCUCCUGAUGUAUUGGGGCCUCCCCCUGUUCCACCUCUACCUGUGAUGAUGCCUCCAUUCACAACUUUGCCUCCAGUCUCACCUAACCUUAUCGAUUUUAACUGUGAUGUUUCUGCAUGUGACGGGCCUCAUCAUGAUUAUGUUAAUGACAAUGCAACUAUGGUGCGUGAAAGGGAUGUGUUUGAUAUGCAACCAUUUACUCAGCAUCCGAAUAGUUAUGCAGUUAAGACAGAUAUAGACAAUUUUGAACAGCUUAGGAAAGAAGUUUGGUUCCAUGGGCCUAUAUCUAGGGCAGAUGCUGAAAGACUACUGCAGAAAGAUGGAGAUUUUUUGGUGAGAGAAUCUACUAAUACCCCUGGACAGUUUGUACUUUCUGGCAUGCAGAAUAGCAACAAGAAGCAUUUGUUAUUAGUUGACCCAGAAGGAGUUGUCAGGACAAAAGACAGAAUGUUCAAUAGCGUGAGUCAUUUGAUUCAGUUUCAUUUUGAUAAUGCCUUGCCUAUAAUAUCACCAGAGAGCGCUCUGGUACUUAGGCAUAAAGUAGCAAGGACUAUGUCUCUCUAGGUAGACUUUGUAAAGAAAUAUUUAUAUUUUAUAAUGCUUUUCAAGCUUAAAUGCUUAUAAGAUCAGUUUUUUUUUGAAGAGCAUAUGCUUAUUAUGAAUGCUCUAACUGAUUUCAAGGUGGUAUAUUCAGGUUUCUGUAGUAUAAAAAGCAUAAAUAUUGUUGAUAAUCACAGAAACCUGAAUAUCAUAAAAAGAACUACAUUUUUAUUAGAUUUGAGAGUACAAACUAGAUUAAGUGGUUGUUGCUUUUGCUGCAUAUAUGAACCAAAAGAAAGGUAAAAGGAAUUAUAAGGUCAAUGCUUUUAGAAACUAUGAAAUUUAAAUUUUUUUUAAGCCCAAUCAGUGGAUUUGUGGUAAAACUUAUUUGACAUAAUGUGGAUCUUCCAUUCACUUGUUGCUAUAAUAAUAUCACCAUAACUAGACUUUAGGUCUAUUUUUAGUGUUAACAUCCUGGUGCUUCACACUCAUAAUGACAAGUUGCACAGGUAAGAAAUUAUUAACGCUGCAUUUUUUUUAUAAAUGUCUCUUCAUAAUCUGUUUUUAAAAUAUCACAUUUGCUUAUAAAAAAACGGCGAAUAUUUUUCAACAUUCUUGGCAAUGAUACUUCCCUGUCAACUUUAUAUUUUGCAUUUUGUAAAUUGUGACUAAUGUAAAAUAUAUAAAUAGGCUUUCAUUGUGACAGAUUUGAAAACACUUGGUGUGCCAUCAAUUUCAAAAACUGCUUAUAAUAAAGGGCCAUUCUUUUGCUUGAGAAUAUUAAUAUUUAAAUCAGGGUCAUACCUCGAAUGUCGUUUUUUGACGUUCGCAAUUCACGUAAAAACUCAUAAAAGUUAACACAGUGCUGCCAAAUAAACUUGAUUGCUUUCAUAACGCAUUAGCAUACUGGAUGACUUAUAAGUUGACAAAUUUUAAUUUUAUACACCAAAUUAUGCAGAAAACAAGACUGCAAGUGGUGUCUUGUAUGGAUUUUCUUUGUGACAGAUAAUAUACCGAUCAUUUUAAUUUAUUUGACACUCACUUAAUGUGCUUUGAGGGAACUUCGAAAUCGAGUUAUCACUAAGGAGUUGUAUAAACCCAUACUAAAGUUAUGAGUUGUUUGUUAGUGAAAGUGUUAUAGAGUUUAAACGGUGUCUGCUGCUCUGUACCUUUCAAGUUUAUUAUGGCAUUUAAAUAAAUACAUACCAAACUUGAUGAGUGUCACUAUUAAGAAAGAUAUAAAUUGACAACUGAGCCAUGAACCUCCCUUUAUAAUGGGUGUUGGAACCCUGGUUUUUAUGUUUGUUUAUUGGUAGCAACUGUCACUCAAGGCAUACAUACAUUAUUAAUUUUUUUUUGCACAAAAAUAGUUUAAAUCCUCCACUGCAUUUAUCUUGUUAAGAUGUUUUGGUGUAGAGCAGUGUCCAGGUCUCAUUCUUAUGAGGGUAGUGUUUUUUUUAUUUGCCACUGUUUAUUUGAUACUAUUUAACUGAACUAUUUAUUGACAUAACAUCUAUUUACAUAAGUUUAACCUCCUGUUUGAAGUUUCCUGAUUUCUUACUCUAUUUUUUGUUCUUGGCAUAUUGGAUGCUGUUGGACCAUUUUUUUUUUGAGGUGUAAGCUAGAUUUGGGUAUAGUUGUGACUUUCCCCUGUUUCCAAUUUUUGUAUUUGGCAUCCCAGUUUAUUAAUUUAAAAAAGUUAGAUUGGUGGAUUAUAUUUGCCUGUUGUAUUUAUUCCUGUAUGGCUUGAUAUCCAUACCAAUUUGAUGUCACUACCCUGCAUAUUGAGUUCUUAUUUGGUGGUUAUGUAAUCUGCAUUUUUUCUGAUUCCUAUUUGGCUAUGUAUGUUUCUUUUGAGGAAGAGUCUGAGGGCUUCCUUAUGGCUAUAGUUUCUGUUGUAAUUGAUGUAUAGUUAUUUGGUCUUUGCAUGUAUUUGUGUGUUUUAAUUAUUAUUGAUCCGAUUAGUCACUUAGUAUUUUUCUAGGGUAGAAUAAUUAUUUUUUAAACUGGUUUAUGAUAUUGGAUAAUAAGUGACAAAAAACUCAAUAACUUUUGCUAGAACGUCGACGAUAUGGUAUAAAGAUUUUUUCAUCCUUUGAUCACUGCUUAUUAAUAAAUUUAGUAAAGUGUAGAGCAAUUUAAAAGCCAAUUAUAUAAAUCUUUAGUAUUAUAUAAAUUAGGAAUACAAUAGAGAAAAUACAGAAUACCUAAACGUUUUUAAAAACACAAAUAAAUCCAGAUGGCAUAAGAAUAUUGUAAAUUUACUGUGAUACAAACGUUUUAAUUCUCCUGAUGAGAAGGUCCUCCAUUCUAAAGGAAUUGAAUUAUACACUUUUACACCAUUAUAGUGAAUAUUGUGUUUUCUAUAUUUUGAUAAGGGUCUCCGAGUAUCAUAAUUAGGCACAGUACUUCUGAGGUCAAAGCUCAUAUGUGAUUGUCAAAUCAUGAGACAGUUUUCCACUGAGUGUCACACCAAAGGUUGAUGAUUUAGAAAACUGUCUAAUAAAAACCUUAAAAUAUCUGUGUCUAAUUAAGUGUUAAUUUUUUUUCCAAAUCAUUUUGUUAAACUAGUCAGCUGCACCAAUUUUUUUUUUUUUUUACAUAAUUCCUAGGUUGGCAAUGGUAAACAGUUGUUUAAUCUUAAGGUGGACUCCCUUUCUGAAUCCUGUAAUGUCAACACUAGCCAAAUUGAAUUAUGUCUAAACCGGUUUAGCCUCUAAGGUGGUUUGAUUGUACGUAUAAACUUGGUAACUGAUGGAUUUACUAACCUAGUUAAUCUCACUCAUCUCAGGCCACAAAGAUAUCUUUUUUCAAAUCUGUGGCAAGAAGUUAAAAGGGCAUAACUCAAAUUUACUCACUUUUCAGGAUAGACGAAAGAUUAGAUUUAAAAGAUAUUAAUUGAUUGAUACCUUUAAAAUAAACGCUCUUUUAAAAAAAACAUUUUUGCAUAAGUCAAAAUACGUAUUUUUUAAUUUAUCCUAAAAAUUUAAGUUAUUUUUCUAAAAGUAUCUGUUUUUUUAAAAAAAAUGGGUGGACAUAAUUCAGAGAUACAUAUAAUCCUAGCCGACAAAAGGGCAUAAUUGGACCUUUUAAAAAUGAAAUGACCAACAGAAUGUCAAAUGAAUCUAAAUCGAAAUAGGGCCUUUUAUCGAUUUGUUUUUAAAAUAAAUAAAACUCAGUAUUUAAAACAACUAGACUUAUUAAUUAUUAUCAUUUUAUUAGAAAUUCCGUUUGAAAAAUAGUUUAAUAAAUUAUUAAUGUACUUGAUCAAGUACCUAUUACUUAUUACUAAAAAAGAACAAAAAAGUUUUUGCUGACAGAACUAGAGAAACCAAUCUUCAAAUUUUUACUAGGUACGCACAUUAAUUGGGGGAUUAAUCGGGAAUUAUAUUUCCGAUCUACAUCUGGAUCGACAUCAUUUUGGACCUGUGCCUGUGAUGUGACGUUUGAAUUUACAUAAAAAUCGCGUGCUGCCUCAUCAAUUAGAUCAAGGAGUUCUAAUAAGUUUUGUUUUUUCUUUUUAUCGAUAUUCCUGCUGCCAGAUAAUAUUUGACCUAUCUUUAUGUCAGAUAAUUUGAUACUUGAGUUGUUUCUCUUAAAAUUUACAAAUUUGAAAUCGUCACUCUCUGAUAAAGACUGUUUAAAUUGAACCAUACCAAAUUCUUUUUCGUAUCUUCUUUGUCGUCUGUUUGUUUUUUUAAUAUUAAAGGGCCUUUCAUAAGUUGGGAAAAGUCCAGAAAAUCUUUUGUUGUCAUUUCGUUUACAAUAAACUUACCAGUUCCAUUUUUAUUCUUUAUUUUAUUACUAGACUUUCCUGCUAAUCUUACUAAAUUUAACCAGUCGCGUGGAACAUGUAUAGGAAAGGAUGACUCCUUUUUAUAUUUUUCGAUUAAGGCAUGGUCCGAGUCACACUCCAUAUGUGUGUGACCUGGUAUCAAAAAUUUAUGAUCAACCCUUGCUCAAUGCUUGUGGACUGAAACAAGAUAUGUAAACAUGCUGGCAACAUGAGAGUUUUUGUUCUGCUCACCGCACGUAUCACUGUAGCAGAUAACGUGAUUUAUCGAUUCAUCCAAAUUUAAUAAAUAUUUGUAUAGGCACGAGGCAAUUUCGUUAGCUCCUCGACCUGCAAUACCCUCGUGCCACAUAAAAUGAAAAGAUUGAUUAGUAUUGCAUUCAUGAAUGGUAAGAUUAUAAGUGUGUAAUUGCCUUUUAUAAAAAACAGUUCCUGUACUUAAAUAAGGUGUUGGCAGCACUUGCUGUAGGUCAAAAACUAUGACUUUUAAGUUUGGAUUAUCCAAAGCUAAUGCUUUAUCGACUUUCUUCGCUUCAAAUGCAGCUUCGGCUUCAACAUGAUGAACUCGAAGCUUAUCUUCCAAUAAAAUUUGGGUUUCUUGAUCUUUUGCGCAUUUUAAUGUGCAUAUUUAACAAAUCACAGUAUGAACAAGUGUCGUUACUGGGUUUUUUAAACUUUAAAUUUAAACUGUCAACUAUCUGAGAAUAUAUUUUAAAAGAUACUGGAUUUAAAGUUUCCUCGGUGUAUAGGUUGAACAUUUUUGUUUUAUUUAAGUCGCAUGGCAAAUACUUUUUCGAGAAUAAUGCGAUUCGUACGCAGGAAACUUUUGUAUGUGGUUAAUGAUAGUAUAUUUUCUCUUCUUCGAAAUUUUGUCGACUGGUUGGUGCUUCCCUUUUUUAUCAGAAGCAGGAAUCCCGCUUUCUGAAAAAGACUUUUUUUAAAUUACACCACGGAUAAAUUUAGUUGUUUCACCAAAAAUAUUUAAAAAGCAUACUUGGCAGACUUGCGUUCGCGCAUUUUUCGAAUCAACGAAGUAGGAAACACUUUUUUCCCUGUUUCUUUUGUUUAAGGUGUUUAACAUUUGGGACUUUUUACUCUCUAUCUGUAAGUAGAGACGAUAUAUGCAUAACUCUUUUAUUGUAUUCACCUAUUUCCCAAUAUUCUUUAAAUAAAUUUAUUCUAACUUCGUCUGGUAUAUUUAUGAAGCAUUUUCUUCGACAAUUUUGUUUCAAAGGACGGGACUUCUUUUCAACAACUUUUUUUCCACUUUUAGAGGUAUACUCUUUUCCAGAGUUUUUUAACAAUUUUCUUGUUUUUUUUUUCCAGCGUUUUCGUUGAUUUUAUUAUAAACGAGGCCGAAGAUGUAGCCUCGUUUAAUUCACAGCUAUUUUGAUAAACUUGCUGUCUAUUUUGACCAUUAUUUUUUUUGUUUUCAGCUUCGUUUCUCUGCUUUAACUUCUUGCUACUCAUGAAGUUUGUAGACGAACCUGAUGCAUGAUUUACUGUAUUCGAGUCAUCGCUGUCGCUUUCUGAAUUUUGAAUGUAACACGGGUCUUUUAAGCUAUCAUCUGAAUCAUAUGGGUUUUCAGGUUCUAAACAGUUAAAACCUGAAAGAAAAAAAUGCUAUAAAAUUUGAAUACCCUAUUUAAAAAGAUAUAUUUAAAAAAAAUUAUGUAAAUCUCUAAGCUUGUAUACUUACCUGCUAUUUCAUAGAUCGGGUUAUUUUGUAGGCAUUCGUUAGCUUGGCUAUUUGUUUGAACUGGUGACAAUUGAACUAAAAGUAAACGUAGAAAUUCAGCUUAAAGCCUUACCAUUUUGCAACUGGCAAUAUACUUUGGGGUCAUCUGUUGGGAAAUAGGAAACCGGUUUUUAAUUGUACUCCUUAGCUUCGCUAUUUGUUUGAAGUGGUGAAAAUUCAACUAAAACCAGUAGCAAUAAUAUUACCAAUUAAUUUAUUACCACCCUAUUUUAAAGGCUUACCAUUGUGUAACUCAAAAUAUACUUUGGGAUCUUUUGCAAACUGGAAAAAAGCUGAUCAGUGCUGAUAUCUCCAUAAUUAUUUAUAUAUCUUGAGGUGCCUGUUUCAUUUUCAACAACUUCAUGAAAUACUAAAAACGAGAUAGGUUUGUAAAAAACUUCUUAUACUUACAAAUGUUCACAAUUUAAAUUAAGUUUACCUUGAGUACUUUCUUGGUCGAAUAGCCUUUUAAGGCGCACAUUGAUGCUAUGGUUGUCAUAUUUUGUAUUCUGCAAAUUUAGGUAAUUUUCUUUAAAAGAUUCGUCGUUCCUAACAUCUAUAUUAGUCGUCUUGCAAGCAUCAACCAUCUGCUGAGUUCGACUUCUUCUUAUUUUGCAGAUAAAAUUAUACGUGUUUCUUCGUUCAGAUUCAGUUAAAGACUAAACAUUACAUAAUAAACAAAAUCGCCUGUCGCGAGAACACCCGAAAAUGAAUUAAUUCCCAGAGGCGCACUGACAAAAAGCCAUAUCUCGAGCUAAAUAUAUCUUUAACACUGCAAUAUGUAACUGACAAGAGGGAAUUCCUUAACUUAUGCCCUUUUGUCGGGUAGUAAUAUGAAUAAAAAUAUGUUUAUAUCAACUUAAGUCUUUUUAUCAGCCGCAAAAACAAAUACUUAACUUAACAAAUACUUAACUUAAAAAUGUAUAUGUUGAGUUAAGACUUUAUGCAACAAAAAAAAACGAAUUAUGCCCUUUUGCUACAAAAUUUCUUGCUUAUUAAUAGGUAUUAAAUUAGGACCUUUUGUCAGUAUGUUAAAGGCAACCUUCAGAAUCCAAAAACGCACGGUAAGUUAAAAGGGCAUAAGUCGUGUUAUGCCCUUGUAACCUCUUGCCACAGAAAUGUGUAUUCACAAAUUCUGCGACGAUGGUAUCUCUAAUCCUCAGUUGUUGUUGUUCUACUGAUUGCCUAAUUCUAGUUCAUAUUUAUAUUCUUUAAAAACUAAACAAACUGUUUCCAGAAUUCACAUUUAUUCUGAUUUUGACAAGUACAUACUUUACGUCAUUUGCCAUAUUUAAUUUUUUAGGGUGGGUGACACGUGGUUUUUUGAAAAAAAAAAAUUUGGUACAAACUUCACCGCCGUUAAUUUAACUCACAAUAAAUGUACUUCUCCUUUGGCUUUUUUCCCCCAAUUUCAAAUUUCCCGCUUAUCUAUUUAACAAUACGCACUUUCUAUCCCACCAUUGUGACGUCCCAUUAAAUUACUUUAUUGGCUUAUAAUCGGUUUCGCCGAGACUCCUUAUCUACCAUUGGUUGCUUGGCUCAGCAAGAACUUAUCGGUUUUAUUGACCCAUUUACAUUUAUCGGUGCAUUUGUACUAUGCGAAAAGUCACAAUGUUGCAAAUUAAAACUUGAAUUCAUCAGCUUCCAGCAGUUUUCCGUAAAACGGGAAAAAAUUAACGAAAAAAAAAAAAUCACCGAAAUUACCCUGGCUACGGAUCGUGAUCUGAAAAGGCCAUUAAGAUGACGUCAGACGCACCGAAUCCGCCGCGUCGGCGCUUUUCAACCAAAUUUUGUCGCCGUGGUGUCGAUUCCUCCAUUCUCGCAGAAUUUCAAUCAAAUAUGGCCGAACAGUUUUAUUCUUAGGUUAUUCUUGUGACAAAUCUAACGUGCAACCUUAACCCUUUUUAACAGUGAAUUAUCGUAAUAUAACCUUAACCGGUCGGGCUUAAUCUAAAUACAAGAAUUACCCCUUAAUCGGCAAUAAGAACGAAAUUAUCCGUGUUACUUAAUUUCAUUGUCCGUGUCGUCUAACAAAAUGGCGAGUCGUUCGACUAAACCACGGUCUCCGACAAUUCGAACUUAAAUUUUUCCGAUUAUUUACCGAUUUAUUCGGGUUUUCUUUUCGGGAAUCGGUGAGGGGAUGUUUUUAGUUUUAGAAAAUCCGGUUUUAUUUAAUACCCCGUACGUUUAUACUUGAAGUUUUAACGAAAAUUAUUGUACAAGAUGCCAGAGGUAAGUUCAACCCUCUAAAUAUCGUUAAUUAGGGGCUCUAGCAAUUAUUUUAAAAGCCCUCAAUAUUAUUUUGUGCUUCUACUUCCUCACAUAUGCGUCUCAGAACAAUCUAGGGUGUGGCUGCCAUACUUUUAAUAUUUUUCCUAUUUUACCCUUUCAGCUUUGUUUUUGUUUACAAUCAGUUUAUUAACAAUUUCUUAGUGAAGGGAUGAGUGUUCCAACAGUUUUUUCUUUUAUUUACAUUAUUUGAAGUUCCCUCUUGCCACUAGGCCCAAAAAUUUGAAUUUCUGAGGUGGACCCUUUUGAGCAAUUUCUACUUAAAAACUUGCUUUUCCAUGUCUCCUUUUCGAUAUAUGCAUUCAGGCCACAACACAAUUCGUUUCAGGAUAAAGUAAAUCAUUUACUGGCUCCCAUUGUUACAUAACAUUCAGUAAUACAUCCAGUUAAAGUUUCACUUCAUAUUGGCCUGAUUUUACACUUGGGGCCUUAGAUUAUCGCCAUGCUACGGCCCCUUUAUAGGGACCAUUGAUAUAAGAAAUAUUUACUUCCUUAGUUUAUCCCUUACAAUUUAAUCCUUAUUCUAUCCCUCAGGCAAGAUUCAUAGUUAGAAGUGUUCUUGGGCUGGAGCACCCCAUUAUGCACCCCCCUCGUCUCGUUGAAAUAUUAAGCAAGCACUGCUCAUGCUUUUUUCUUUAUACAUUUGCUUUUUUAUAUACAAGGAAAAAGAUAGAAAUGUGAUUAAAACUGUGUUUUAAGAACUUAAGAAUUGUGACACAAAACAGGCAUCAAGGGGCCCCCCUCGGUUGAAGAUGUACCAGGGAUGUCAGAUAUGUAUGUUAGUUAUAUAUCGCAUAAAGUUUAUGAAUACAAACAUUAAUUUUUAACAGAUCCACUUGUGUAAAUUUUUGUUUCAAAUUUAAUGACAGAUUACACAGAGGGAGGAAUUUUUUUUUUAAUUAUGUCAACUUAAUUAUAUUUUGUCUUUUUUGGAGCCAGAAAAAGUUAUUGAAAUUCUCAGUCCUUCUUUGGGCUUAAAACAAAUAGACUUUUAAUGGGUGUUGAGAAAAUUGAAUAAUAUUAAAUACCACUAACAAAUCCACUGAAUGGUAGAAGGAGUCGAAUAAAGUGUGCCAUUAUUUAAGAAAUUUAUCUGCUAACAUAGGCAACUUAUGUGAUUUAUCAAACUGUAUAGUAAACAAGGUAUUUUUCAUAUUCCAAUUUAUUGUUUGGUUCUAGAACUAGUGUAAUGGUAAAUAAGAGAUUUUAUAUGUUGUUUUAUUACAGGAAAGGAAUCUUUAUAUUUAUACAUGUAUUUUUUAUUGUAAAUGUGAUCUAGUAUUAUUUGUUUUAAUAAAAGUAUACAUUUUACAUGAAAAUAAA